AUGCCACUGCCACUACUACCCCGAAGCUCCAAACCUGAGGCUAAGAAAUCUUCAUCCAGCAAAGUUGUGCCCACUGUUCAUGACCAAUAUGAAAAGAAGGAGAAGAAUUACCAAGCAAAGAUAUCUCCAUCAUCACCUCAAGGAGAACUCAAAACCAGAUUGGCUUUUGAAGAUCUCACCAAUGCUUCUCAAAGUCAACUUGCCCAGCUCAAUAAGGAAGCCAAUAAGGAGUUUAUAAAAGAUGUUUUCAAGAAGACAAACAGGAGCACACAUGCUCUUGGUUUGGCCAGAAAUGAGCUGAAUCUAAAAGGGUAUAAACCGAAACCCUCACCACUAAUGUCCUCUACCCCCUUGCUACCAAACAACAUGGAGCAACCACUUAUUCUGGAGCUAUCCACCAACUCCAAAACACCCACUACUGACAAGGCAUUGCCCUUCACAAAGCCAUUAAUUUUAAAAGAGGAAGCCACUACUGAAGAGACAGCCUUCAUCAAGAAGUCAUUAUCUUUAAAGAAGUGCACAAAUCACGAGGAGGUAUCCCUAUUGGUGAAGCCACAAUCCUUGCAGGAAGAGACCGACAAAGAUGAUAAGUUUUUUACAGAACCAAUGACUUCUAGGAAAAAAAAUAAAACUGAGGAGGUUGCCAUCACCAAGGGGACGUUAUCCUUAAACAAGAAGAUGUAUACAUAUCAGGGAAAGCAGUCUUCCCAGGAGGAGUUGCUAGCAUUGCAGGACAUCAGUGUUGAAAAGGAUUCCUUCUCUAUGGAGUCAAUGAAUUUUGGGAAGAAGCCUAAAACUGAGCAGUCAAACCCCACAAAGAAGCCAUUAUUAUUAAAGAAAAAUAAAUGUACCACUCUGGGGAUGAUACCUUGCUUGAAGAAGCCACUAGUAUUGCAGAAGACCACCUCUGGAGAAAAGUCACUCAUGAAGGAGGCAUUGUUCCUUAAGAAGAAGCCUACUACUGAUGAGUCCCUUUUCCAGGAGCCAUCUGAAUUGCAAGAGAAAGAUAUCACUGAACAGGAAAUGCCCAUCUUAAAGAAAUCAUUGGCCUUGCAGGAAAAGACGAACUUUAAAAAGGAUUCCCUUAUUAAGGAGUCACUGGCCUUUAAGAAGAAGGCUACCACUGAGGAGGCCCCUAUGAGGCCAUUAUAUUUAAAGAAGAAGUGUAUAACUCAGGGUAAGAUUUCCCACUUAAAGAAGCCAAUAGUAUUUCAGAAGACUACCUAUGGAGAGAAUUCACUCACUACAAAUCCAUUGUCUAUUAAAAAGAAGCCUGCAACUGAGGAGUCUUUGAUCCAGGAGCCAUCUCCAUUGCAAGGGAAGCACACCACUCAGGGAGAGGUGGACCUCUUGCAGAAGCCAUGGUCACUCAUGAAGAAGCCUGAGGAGGAGUCACUUUUUAAGGAGGCAUUGGCUUUUAAGAAAAAGCGUACCAUUGAGGAUACAACCCCCACUAAGAAGCCUUUACCUUUAAAAAAGAAGCACACCACUCAGGGGACAAUGUCCUGCUUGAAGAAGUCACUAAAACUGCAGAAGACCACCUCUGGAGAAAAGUCACUUAUUAAGGAGCCAUUGUCCUUUAGAGAAGAAAAAGUUUCUUUAAAGAAGAAAGAGUGUACCACUCAAGUAAUGACAUCUACCUGGCAAGAGCUUUUGGACUCGCAGGAUGUGAGUGGAGAAGAUAAGAAUUCCUUCUUUAUGGAGCCAGUGUCAUUUAGAAAGAAUCCUACAACUGAGGCAGCAAUCCUCACCAAGAGACUACUGUCUUUAGAGAAGAAGAAAAUUACUCAGGGAGAAGUGUUUAUCUUAAAGAAGCCACUGAUCUUGCAGAAGACCACCACUGAAGAAGAAUCACUCUAUAAGGAGCUGUUGCCCUUUAAGAAGAAACCUACAACUGAAGAGGAGUUCCUCUUUCAUGAGCCAUCCGUGCUGAAAGAGAAGCACAUUACUGUGAAGGAGGUUUCCCUCUCAAAAGAGUUAUUGGCCUUGCAGGACACUACCACUGAAGAAGAAUCAUAUAUUAAGGAACUAUUGACCUUGGAAGAGAAACCUGCCACUGAGGAGGAAUUCCUCUUUCAGGAGCUAUUUUCAUUGCAUGUUAAGCCUAGCAACAAAGAUGAGUCUUUCUUCCAGAAGAUGCUGGUCUUGCAAACGAAGACGGAUACCAAAGAAGAUUCCUUGAAGAACCUGUUGGCCUUGCAGGAGAAAAGCACCACUGAAGAUGAAUCCCCUUCCAAGAAGCUCUUGGUUCUGAAGAAGGAGCCCUCCACUGAGGCAGUAAAAAGCACAGAGAGGCAAUUAUCUUUAAAGAAGAAGCCCACUGCCCAGGAGGAGGUAUUCCUCUUAAAGAAGCAGCUGGCCUUGAAUGAGAACAUCACUACUGAUGAGGAGUCUCUUAUUAAGCAAACAUUGGCCUUGCAGAAGUAUCCCAUCAUUGAGAAGGAGGUCCUCUUCAAGGACCCCUUUGUUAUGCAGGAGAAGCCCAGUGUUGAGGAGGAGGCUAUCCUCAAGGAGCCUACCACUGACGCAGAGGCUCACUUUAAGGAGCCUUUGGCCUUACAGGAGCAGCCCAGCAUUGAGGAGACUUGCUUCAAGGAGCCUUUAGCUUUGCAGGAGAAGCCAACAAUUGAGGAGGAAGCAACCCUGAAGGAGCCCAUGGCCAUGUGGGAGAAUCCCAGCAUUGAGAAAGAGACCCUCUUUAAGGAGAAUUUUGUCUUACAGGAGAAGUCUACAAUGGAGGGAGAGAUUCUCCUCAAGGAGCCCUUGGCUUUACAGGAGAAGCCCAGCAUUGAGAAGGAAGCCCUCUUCAAGGAGCCAUUAGCCUUGCAGGAGAAACCUGCCAUCACUGAAGCAUUCCUUUUGACAAAGAUAUUACCUUUGAGUGAGAAAUCUACCACUGGGAAGGAGUUGUCUUUCAAAGAGCUAUUGGCUUUGGAUGAGAAUCCCACUCAAAAGGAAGACACCUUUCUCAAAACAUGGAUCUCCGAAGUUAAUACCAUCCCACAGGUAUCUAUCAUUGCCCCUGAAUACAGAACAGGCAAGUCCAGCACUGCUACUGUGUCUAGUGUGGGCAAGCCCAGUACCAGCAGUAAGUCUAGCACAUGUGAAUUUGGUUCCAAUAAUCUUUUCUCACCACAGGAUGAGAGAACACCAAAGGAGAUGACUCCCCUACUGGAAGAUAUUGACAACUCAAUAUAUGACAAGGAUAUCUUCAGUUACAUGAAGGAGAGAGAGGAAAACUUCAUACUUAAAAAAUACAUGGACAGGCAGACUGAAAUCAACAGUGCCAUGAGGGCCACUCUUAUAGACUGGCUGGUGGAGGUACAGAUGUCCUUUGAGAUGAAUCACGAGACCCUGUACUUGGCAGUGAAACUGGUGGAUCACUACCUAAUGGAAGUAGAUUGCAAGAAGGAUAACUUACAACUCCUUGGUUCUACAGCUUUUCUGAUUGCAGCAAAAUUUCAGGAGACCUACCUACCUUGUAUGGAUGACUUCCUGUACAUUUGUGAUGAUAUGUAUAAGCGAGAUGAGAUGCUUGCCAUGGAAAAAAGCAUCCUGAAAACCCUCAAAUUUGAAAUCAACAUUCCUGUUGCCUAUCAUUUUCUGCGAAUAUAUGCUAGGUGUGUUCAUGCCAGCAUGAAGACGCUGACCUUGUCCCGUUUCAUCUGCGAAUUGACCCUGCAGGAAUAUGACUAUAUCCAGGAGAGGGCUUCCAAACUAGCUGCUGGUUCCUUCCUCCUGGCCCUCUACAUGAAGAAGCUUGAACAUUGGGCUCCUAUCCUGGAGUCUUACAGUGGCUACAAGACUUCUGAGCUUCAUCCAUUGGUCAUGCAGCUGAAUCUCCUGCUGACUUUCUGUUCUUGUGAUAGGCCGAAGACUGUGCAUUUCAAGUAUUCUCACCAAGUCUUCUUUGAAGUUGCCAAAAUACCCCCCCUGGACAUGUUGAAGCUGGAGGAAAUGUUGAACUGCUAA